AAAGGGGGGAUACAGUGGAUGUUUAAUGAGAAUUGGAUUCUCUUCGAGAAUUUACUGAACAAGCAAAAGAAAAGAAUAACCAACGUAACAUGGAAAGGAAUAAGCCGGCGGUUAGUAGUCGUCCGACAGCCCCACAUCCUUAUGAUUCUGCAAACUGGCUCUCUCGAGUAACAUUGCAUUGGAUGAACACCGUCCUAAGACUUGGCAGCGGGAAACCUCUGGAAAAGGAAGACAUUUUUCCCGUCCGCGAGGCAGACGGUAUGAAUCAACUUGUUCAAAAACUUGAAAUUGAAUGGCAACGAGAAGUUAAUAACAGCCGAGCCCGAGGCUGCAAACCUCGCAUGUGGAGAGCAUUAUCCCGAAUGUUCUCAUGGCGGGCGUACAUGAUGCUGAUUGUUUUGAAAGUACUUAGACUUCUUGCCACCGUUUUCUUACCGUUGCUGCUGUGGUUUUUCUUGUCGGACCUGGGACGAGAACAGCAAGGAUAUUCUGUUUCUACCUUUCUGUUCAUUGGCGGUAUAAUUUUUCUUUCUUCAAUCAAGGGACUGACGAAGAACCACUACUAUGGAAUAACACAAAUAUGGGGCAUACGACUAAAAGUGGCGUGCGUAGGGCUCAUCUACAAAAAGAUUCUAACGCAGCUUAAGCGCUGUGACCUUCAGAAAAUUGUCUCGGGAAAGACCAUAAAUCUUGUUUCAAACGAUGCUCAGAAGAUGGAAGAAUUUUUUUGGGCAUUGAACAAUUUUCUGUUCUCUCCUAUCGAGAUUCUGGGUUCUUGCACAAUUCUUCUGGCCUUGACAGGAUGGAAAGCUCUUGUCGGAGUUUCAUUUUAUUUAAUAUCCAUUUCUACCAUCAUGUUACUGUCACAUUAUAGUGGAACACUACGCCUCAAAGCAGCAGAAGCUAGAGACAAAAGACUUAAAGUUAUGAACGAGGUUGUAUAUGGUGUUCGAGCUGUUAAAAUCUACGCCUGGGAAAUGAACUUUGCUGAAGUAAUCAAGCAACUAAGGAGGUAG